UUAUAGGUUAUGUUUAGACUUUUAGACGUCAAAAAAUAUUUACUUCUUAAGGCCAGUGUGUAAUUUAUUUGUAUUUUUGUUUAAAUAAAAGUUAAAAUGAAUAACAUAGCGGUACCAAAUGAUUUACAAACGGAAGAUGCUUCUGUUGAUGAGACUAGUUUGUUAGCAAUAAUUAUUGACAGUAACCCAGGCCAGAAAAUGUUGAGGGAGAGUCCUCAUGUUUUAACUCAUUGUGUGGACUCAGUUAUAGCUUUUGCCAAUUCACAUUUAAUGCAAAAAUCUCAAAAUAAAUUAGCUAUUAUGGCCUGCCAUUCAAAAACUAGUCAAUUUAUAUAUCCUGGUCCUGGCAAAAACGCUGAUAUACGACAAGUCGAUGGACAGUACGAAGUAUUUACAGCAGUAGAAAAAAUCACUAAAAGAAAUUUGGCUAAGGUGUUAACAACAGAAAACUCAACUGUUAUUACAGAAUCUCUUUUAGCAGGUGCCAUUGCAAUGGCCUUAUGUUAUAUUGCAAGACUGCAAAGAACAAAACCUCCUGGUGCAAAGUUAAACUGCAGAGUUCUAGUUAUCACAGGAAGUAGUUGUUCAGCCUCACAAUACAUGAACUAUAUGAAUGUCUUCUUCACCGCCCAGAAGCAAAAUGUGGUUAUAGAUGUAUGUGCUUUGGAUCAGCAUUUGAGUUUAUUGCAGCAGGGUUGUGAUAUCACAGGAGGGAUGUAUCUGAAAGUACCCCAGUUGCAGGGAUUAUUACAGUAUUUAUUGUGGGUGUUUUUGCCAGAACCGCCCAUUAGAGAAAAGUUAGUAUUACCUCCUCCUCUAAAGGUGGACUACCGAGCAGCAUGUUUUUGUCAUAGACAGUUAAUUGACAUAGGAUAUGUAUGUUCAGUAUGUUUGUCAAUUUUCUGCAAAUUUAGUCCCAUCUGUACAACUUGUCACACUGUAUUCAAGAUGCCUGCACUACCCAGUGUCAAACCUAAGAAAAAGAAGAAAAUGUAGCAAUAAGUUGAAGUGCGAUUAAUUUUUUACUUCAAAAUGAAAUUUAUUAAACCAGUUUUACAAAUAAAAGAGAUAAAAACGAUACAAAA